GUCAAGAGACCGGUAUGCCGGGAAAAUUUGACCCUUAUCUUUAAAAAAACCAACGUCAUAUUCGUGGAACGCAUGUACACGGGAAAGCGUGCCUCCUUCACAUCUCAUCUAACUCUCGUUUUCCACUUUUUUUUUUUCAUUUAUUUAUCUAACUCUUCUCCCAGUCCCCGAAUUAUUCAAACAAUAAUAAAAUCCCACCAGCAACUCCCAAACGAAUCCAUUUUCACUUCUUCCCUCCCUCCCAUUCCCCCGCAAUUCUCACGGGCAAUCCGUUCCCCAAGCAGAAACAAAGAAGAAAACAAACUAAGAUAGUAUACCUCCAUGGAAGAGUCCUCAGCUCAACGCCGCCUCGACACCGUUCAGAGCCACUUGCUCCUCGGCGGCGGAGACGGCGACGACGAUCACUCGCUUCGUUUGCAACCUAACUUCACCGCCUCGUUGCAGUUCGUUAACAGUCAUACGUACAGCGUAAGUCUACCGGAGGAAUUGCAGACGGGGAAAUGGAAUGUUUACAGAUCUGUGCGGUCUCCAUUGAAGCUUCUGAGCAGGUUUCCUGAUCAUCCAGAGAUUGGGACAUUGCACGAUAACUUUCAGCAUGCUGUUGAGAGUUAUCGAGAUUACAAGUACUUGGGGACACGAAUUCGGCCAGAUGGAAAAAUUGGAGACUACAUGUGGAUGACAUAUGGAGAAGCUGCUACUGCUAGGGAAGCGAUAGGUUCUGGCCUUCGUUAUCAUGGCUUGGAUAAGGGAGCUUGUGUUGGAGCUUAUUUCAUAAACAGACCAGAAUGGCUGAUCGUGGAUCAUGCUUGUGCAGCAUAUUCAUACAUCUCGGUUCCCUUAUAUGAUACUCUUGGUCCAGAUGCAGUUAAGUUUGUGGUGAAUCAUGCUGAUGUACAAGCCAUCUUUUGUACCCCUGAGACCUUGAACACUCUGUUGACAUUUGUCUCUGAGAUUCCGUCUGUGAGGCUCAUAGUGGUAGUUGGGGGUGUAGAUGAGAACUUACCAUUGCUGCCUUCUUCUGGAGUCAAGCUCAUAUCUUAUCUGAAAUUGAUUGGUGAGGGCCGCAGCAGUCUACAACCUUUCAUUCCUCCUAAACCUGAAGAUGUUGCAACCAUAUGUUACACCAGCGGUACAACUGGGACGCCGAAGGGAGUUGUCUUGACACAUGGAAACUUGAUCGCAAGUGUUGCUGGUUCCAGUUUGUCUAUCAAAUUCAAUUGUUCAGAUAUCUACAUUUCUUACCUUCCUUUGGCACACAUCUACGAACGGACGAACCAAAUAUCAGCCGUGUACUAUGGUGUUGCUGUUGGCUUCUAUCAGGGGGACAGUUUGAAAUUGAUGGAUGAUUUGGCAGCUUUAAGACCGACAAUAUUCUGCAGUGUCCCUCGGUUGUAUAAUCGGAUAUAUGAUGGGAUCACAGCUUCCGUGAAGACUUCUGGAGCGUUAAAGGAGAAAUUGUUUAAUGCUGCCUUCAACUCAAAGAAGCAAGCAAUAAUGAGCGGCCGAACUCCAUCGCCAAUGUGGGACAGAUUGGUAUUCAAUAAAAUAAAAGCUAAGCUAGGAGGGCGGGUUCGGCUUAUGGGAUCAGGGGCGUCACCUUUGUCUCCUGAUGUUAUGGACUUCUUGAGGGUGUGCUUUGGAUGUCAAGUGCUUGAGGGAUAUGGAUUGACUGAGACGUCUUGCAUCAUAAGCAUUAUGGAUGUGGGUGACAAUCUAUCUGGUCACGUUGGAUCUCCAAAUCCUGCUUGUGAAGUAAAACUGGUGGAUGUUCCUGAAAUGAAUUACACCUCCGAAGACCAGCCUUUUCCUCGUGGCGAAAUCUGUGUUAGGGGUCCAACCAUCUUCCAGGGCUACUACAAAGAUCAAACCCAGACAGGAGAAGUAAUAGACGAGGAUGGAUGGUUACAUACAGGAGAUAUUGGAUUAUGGCUAGACGGUGGCCGCCUCAAGAUUGUUGAUAGGAAAAAGAACAUCUUCAAGCUCGCACAGGGCGAAUACAUAGCUCCAGAGAAGAUCGAGAACGUUUACACCAAAAGCAGAUUCGUUAGCCAGUGUUUCAUCUACGGUGAUAGCUUCAACUCAUCCUUAGUCGCCAUAGUAUCAGUGGAUCCAGAUGUGUUGACAGAAUGGGCAACUUCCCAAGGGAUCAAGGCCGACGAUUUAGGCCGACUAUGCAAUGAUCUAAGAGCUAGAGCUGCAGUCCUUGCUGACAUGGAUUCAACAGGAAGAGAAGCACAGUUGAGAGGUUUCGAGUUUGCCAAGGCUGUAACUCUUGUUCCUGAGCCGUUUACCCUGGAGAAUGGGCUACUAACUCCAACCUUCAAGAUUAAGAGGCCGCAGGCGAAGGAAUAUUUUGGGAAAGCCAUAACUGACAUGUACGACGAGCUUUCUGCUUCCGAACAUCAAACUCCGACCUCAAAGCUGUAGUGAGACUGGUCAGAUGAAUCGUUCAUUGGUUGGUUACUUAGUUAUCAGUCACUUAUCAGCUAAUUAAUGACACAGAAUUAGUAUAAGAAAAUAAUCCACCCAAAAUCCAACAAAUAAUAAAUAUAUAAUAAUUCGUUACUUUAACUUUUGGGGUGAAAUGAGUUUGUUUUGGAUGCCGGGGUGAGGGUAUAUAUUCACAAAUUGUCGUUGUAAACUAAAUUCUGAACUGAAUCUGGGGUUCCCGAAUCACGAGUCACUCAACUCUAAUCUACUUUCACUUUGGUCCCGCAUUUUGUUAUUUAAGUAGUAAGAAACAAGUUUUCUUUCAUGAUGAUUGAAUUUGAAUGUAUUAUUGGUGAACAUUGGAGAGGGACUAAUUUGUAAUUUCCCUCAUUCGGUGACGCAUCUCCUUGCUCCACCCCGUUGAAUCGGUCUUAUCUGCGGCUCGAUGUGGAUGUCGUUGUAUGGUUCCGGCAAUGCUCUCCACCAGCGCUGCUUCCGACCUACAAGAAAAUGAUGGACCGAAUUCUCUUAUUUCUCACUAUAUAUAUAUAUACUAGGAUUCAGCCCGCGCUCCGCUGCGGGAUACUAUUUCUGUCAUAAUUUAAAUGGGAUUUAAUAUAAUCCAUAACCAUAAUCGUUAUGUUCUAAAUAGACAUAAAUGUUGUCAUAAACAUAAAAACUGCGGUCAUUAUGCAAAAGAUUGACUGGGUUUCAGAAUAAACAUGAAUGUUGUUAGGAGUGUGGCCAAGUUUUCCACGAUGUAUCUACUAAAUUAAUAAAAGUUCCAUGGCGGAGACUGAAGAUUCGAAAAACAGCAGGACAAAAUGUUUUCAGAAGUUUCGUGCCUUUGUGGUUUGCACGAUAUCAAAAUGGUAAGCUCGAAGGACAACAUCAUUUCUCGAAUGCUGAUCGAUCCCACAGGGUGAGCACUGUCGCUUUUGGUUGCAUGUCUGAAUCACUGUCCCCCACUUUUUUCCAUGCGACGGUCAAUUCCGCAGCAAAUUUUUUGUUACAGUUCUUUGCGAUCAAUUCGAUGAUUUGGUCCUUCUUCAGAAACUGAUAAUCUGACGGUGACUUACGAAUGAGCGACAGAGCUGCUUCAUGCUUAAACACCACAUCUAUUUCAGAUCCUCCUUGGCGACAUUUCCCUUCCAGUUUGUAUGUGAGUCUUGCAAUAAAGAUCUUUUUGUUAGGUUUAUACAAAGAGUAUUAUUAUGCCAUGUGUAAACGUGGGAGAAUGGUCAAAAGCUUACCCUGUGUUCUCUCCACGAAUUUUGCAGAUGCUUUUUCUGUAUAUAAACCUUGGAAUGUUAAUCAAUGUCAUGUAAGUAACCUGUUGCAAAAACUGUCAAAUGUAUUAUACAGGUAAACAGAUGGAAAUAUACAGCUGAUGUCAAUGCUGGUGUUUGUUCGUUUACCUCUGUGAAAUCUGACAGGUCCUCCAUCCUUUCUUUUAUCUCUCUCAACGAUUUCUUUUGCAGUUGAUUGCUCAGCAGGUGUCCAGUUUUUUUGCAAGUAGCAUCAUCGAUGAAGUAAACUGGUUUGCGACAUGCAAGAAAGCUACAUGUUGAAAAGAAAUGUGUAAGUAUCACUAACUCGAUAGUAGUUGAACCAAUCAGUUGGGUAAACCCAUAUACAGCAACUCACAUGUUCAUGAUAUCCUUGCAGCAGUCCUGAUAAGAAUGGAUGAUGAGCUUACUUGCAAUUGUGGAUCGAAAUUCAUGCUGGUACUUACUGUUAUGUCUAGGAGUUACUCUACUAACUGAUUUGAUUGUCACAAUCAAUGGUAACUUUGCCUCAAUUGCUGGAGCAUGCUUUUGAAAAUCAUCAAUGUCAUGCCCACUGUAUUCAACAUAAGCCUUUGCCCCACUGAUUGCAAAGCAAUGUGUUAACUAUACAUUUUUACAAAGUAAAAAAAAGUGUGCAAUCCUAAGAGCAUACCAGACAUCUUGUAUGACCAGGUCGAAUUUCUGAAUCCUUCCUUUAAUUGUUUCUGGAUGAGUUAGUCUUCUAACACAUCCUGUAACAUCUACAGAUUUAAUGUUUGUUAUGCUUUGUUUAAUGGUGUUCUUAAUCAUGGAUAGAGAGACAUAUAUUUACCUGAAUGGCAAACAAAGUCUUCUGAUGUUUGAGGCACAAUGGAAAAAUCGGCUGCUGUGUAUGAUCCUGUUGGGAAUUGCUGGGGUCCAUUUCCUUCUUCAAUAUGCCUUCUAAUUUGAUCUGAAGUGAGAAGCAGGCGGAACUCUCGAUGGACAACGCGUUGCACUGACCUUGCUGGAUCUGCUACAAUAUCUUGUAGUUCAUGCAGGCAGCCAACCUUGAUUUUCUUAAAAACCUCAUCUGCAUCUUCUUCUUCAACCUGAGCUUCGAUCAACUUGUUCUGUAAAGUCAAUGGUAGAUAGAUAUGUUGUCAAGAGUUUUUGAUCUUUUAGCAUUCGCCAGUAGGUUAAUUGAUGUGUAGGGUUUGUAUAUUGGCAAGUUCUUUUGUCUUAACACUGAAUCAAAUGCUCUGACGAAUAUUUAUGAAUAUGGUUGGGGUAUCUGGAGUCAAACCUUUUUGUCAAGCCAGAGCAUGUGAUGUGUCCUUUUCUUCCAUGUGGAUAAAGGCACUUCUCGGAA